AUGACAGAGCCACCGGAUCGAGCGCAUGGAGGGAAAGGGCCACUAGUGCUCGGAGUCACCUGGGCUGAGGCAGGUCUGGCAUUGAUCUUACUCGCAUUGCGAGCGAAGACUGCCUCCCUCUGUCCGCCUGGUCAACCAGGAUUCGGUAUUUUUGGUUUACGGUGGGAUUUCAUUUGGGUUGUCGUCGCACUGGCCUUCGCUCUGUGUGCACAAAGCUUCAUGACUAUCAGUGUGAGCUAUGGCCUGGGAGAUCAUCAAAGCUUAUUAUCGGCGCACGAUAUUAUUCACACAAAUUUGUGGAGUUGGAUGGCACAAAUUAUGGCCGUCCUCUGCCUCGCUAUAUCGCGAAUUGCGGUAAUCGCAUUCCUCUUAUCCCUUCAGGGGCGCACAAGUAGCAUCGGACGGAUAGUACUCUAUACAGUUGGCACGGUACAAGCCAUGAUUAACGUGAUCGAGGUUGUCCUCAUCCUAAAGCAAUGUGAUCCGAUAGAAAAGCUAUGGAACCCAGCUGUCCCAGGGACCUGUGGUCGAGUUCUCAUAUGCUCUCAGGUUGGGUAUUUACAAGGAAGCAUUGGAGCGACAGCCGACCUCUUUCUUGCUUUUUAUCCAGUGUAUAUCAUCGGCCGACUGCAGCAAAUGAAGCUCUCUACGAAGAUUGGACUAUGUUUGCUUAUGAGUGGAGGACUUGUAGCAGGUAUCGCCGGCAUCAACAAAACAAUCGCAAUUGCCUCCAUUACUCUUGAUGACCUGGCCUACGAAAUCUACAAGCUCAACACAUGGGUGCUCACGGAAAUGUGGUUCAUUAUUAUUUUCGGAUCGAUCCCAGUCCUUCGUCUGUUCUUUGUGCGCUUCACACAGGAUAUUAAAUGUGCCGCUGGCUAUGGUCAUUCUUCAAGUCGUACCAAUCCUUCCGAUUACCUGAGUACGGCCGCAACAACCGUGAAUCGUGGAUACAACUAG